AUGGUGCCAGUGCCGUUCCUCCUCGCCUGGGGCGCCGUCCUCCUCGUCGCCACCAUCGUCUCCCUCGCCGCGGCGCCCGCGGUCGCUGACGAGGCCGCGCACUACAACCCCAGCGCGUGCCAGAAGUCCUCCUUCCGCUGCGGCGACACCGUCGACGUUCGGUACCCGUUCUUCCUCGCCAACGCCACCUACGCCGUCGUCGAAGGCGACACGGCCUACCCCAGGUCCUACUGCGGGUACCCGGGCAUGGCGAUCGCCUGCGAGGGCGGCCGCGCCACGCUGAAGCUGAAGAGCGACAACUACACCGUGCUGGACAUCGACUACGACAAACACACCGUCACGGUCGCCGACGCCGACGUGCUAGUAGCCAGCGGCGGGGACGACUGCCCGCGGGUGGCGCACAACGUCACCGUGCUGGCGGAGACGUGGCUCAACCUGUCGGUCACCGCCAACGAGAACCUCGUCUUCUUCUACGACUGCGUCUUCACCGAGGGCAUCACCCCUCCGCCGCCGGCGUUCCUGCCCCCGAUCAACUGCAGCAGCUUUCGGAGCCCAAGUGGAGCGAAGUCUUUCGUGGUGGUGCAGCCGGACAUCAGUCUGAAGGACGAGUGGCCGCGCGCGUGCAAGGCGCCCGUCGUCGCGCCGGUGCUGAAGCGGCUCCUGGGCCCUGAUGAAGAUUACUUCUUGCGUCUGAACAGCGACGGGUACGGGCAGCUGCUGAAGCAGGGGUUCCAGCUGACGUGGGACCCCAGCGCCGGGUCCUGCUACUUCUGCGAGAAGUCCAACGGGCAGUGCAGCUACAGCCAGGUCGGCGAGUUCAUCGGCUGCCUCUGCUCCGACGGCCGCGUGCGCAGCCCAGACUGCGGAUCGAAGAACAACAAAAAAGCGAUUGCAAUAGGGACCUCCAUAGCUGCCGGCGUUUUGUCCCUGCUUCUUGUGGUCAUGAUGUGCUUGUACAUCCGCAAGAGAAGGCAGUACAAGAUGACCUCGUCCUCGAGGCUCCUCAAGCCCACUGCCUCUGGCGGGACGCCUCGUUCCAGAGGUAGCACCACUGACAUGGAGUCCGGCAGCGUCCACAGCCUGCAGACGCACCACUUCACGUACGAGGAGCUGGAGGAGGCAACUGACAGCUUCAGUGGCACAAUGGAGAUCGGCGAUGGCGGCUUCGGCACCGUGUACAAAGGGCAUCUCCGAGAUGGGCGCGUGGUGGCCGUGAAGCGUCUGUACAACAACAGCUGCCGGCGCGUGGAGCAGUUCCUGAACGAGGCGGCCAUCCUCUCCCGCCUGCGCCACCCGAACCUGGUGCUGUUCUACGGCUGCACCUCCAGCCGCAGCCGCGAGCUCCUGCUGGUGUACGAGUUCGUGCCCAACGGCACGGUGGCGGACCACCUCCACGGCCACCGCGCCGCGGAGCGCGCGCUCACCUGGCCGCUCCGCCUCAGCGUCGCCGUCGAGGCGGCCGCGGCGUUCGCGUACCUGCACGCCGUCGAGCCGCCCGUCGUGCACCGCGACGUCAAGACCAACAACAUCCUCCUCGACGCCAACUUCCACGUCAAGGUCGCCGACUUCGGGCUGUCCCGCCUCUUCCCGCUCGACGUCACGCACGUCUCCACCGCCCCGCAGGGGACACCGGGGUACGUGGAUCCGGAGUACCACCAGUGCUACCAGCUGACGGACAGGAGCGACGUGUACAGCUUCGGCGUCGUGCUGGUGGAGCUCAUCUCGUCGAAGCCCGCCGUGGACGUGACCCGCGACCGCAGCGAGAUCAACCUGGCCGGCAUGGCCAUCAACAAGAUCCAGCAGUGCCAGCUGGAGCAGCUGGUGGACCUCGGCCUCGGGUACGGCUCCGACGAGGCGACGAGGAAGGCCAUGACGAUGGUCGCCGAGCUGGCGUUCCGGUGCCUGCAGCAGAACAGCGAGAUGCGGCCGCCGAUCAGGGAGGUGCUCGACGCCCUCAGGAGCAUCCAGGAUGACGGGUUCGGGAAGAAGGGAGACGCCCUCAUCGCGCCGCGCUCGCCUGACACCGUGCACGCUCCGUGGGAUAGCAUGAGUACAACCCCCAGUAUUAGCCUGGUCUAG